UUUGAUAAUAAGUUAUUUGUUAUUAAAAAGUCUUCUGGUGUUCCCUAAACAUGACGGGACACGUCUCAAUAAGACUAGCUUCCGAGAGAGUGAACCAUUGCGUUGCUUCUGCAAAUGAAUUACCUCGGUUUUACACGCCGGGUGAGGUUAUCACUGGCAUGCAAGAUUUUAUGCGUGGCCAUGGAACUUAUGCAGAUGAUGAUUGCCUGAAGUCAUCAGUGGCUGGUGUUAUGCAAAAGGUGAACAAACUGAUAUGUAUUCGACCCUUAAAAAGUCGAUAUGUCGGUGAAAUUGGUGACGUAGUAGUUGGGCGUGUCCUCGAAGUACAGCAGCGACGCUGGAAGGUCGAAACCAAUUCGCGACUGGACUCUGUGUUACAACUAUCGUCAGUUAAUUUACCUGGUGGGGAAUUGCGCCGUAGGUCAGCAGAAGAUGAACAGAUGAUGAGAAAGCAUUUGCAAGAGGGGGAUCUUAUCAGUGCUGAGGUGCAGAACAUAUUUUCAGAUGGCUCAUUGUCUUUACACACCAGGAGUUUGAAAUAUGGCAAGCUGAACCAAGGUACUCUAGUAAAAGUGUUUCCGUCCCUGAUCAAGCGUAGAAAGAACCAUUUCCAUAGUCUACCAUGCGGUAUUUCUGUCAUUGUUGGCAACAACGGCUACAUUUGGAUAAGCCCACACAAACAAGAUAUUGCAGUUGAGGAAUACAAAGAUGAAAUUGAGAAUAUUGACUUACAGCCAGUAAGCAGAACGGACAGAGAAACGAUGGCGCGAGUGAAGAACUGUAUCACGGCUCUCGUCGCGUCUAAAAUGAUGCUCGACGAUACAAGCAUCAUGUUUGCCUACGAAGAAAGCUUAAAGUAUGAUAAUGUGAAAGAACUGCUUGACCCAGAAGCGAUGCUGGAUAUAGCAUUUUUAACGCAACAUAGAAUAAAUAAUAUUAUGGAAGAAUAA